AUGAGACUUUUAUGUGUCUUAUUCUUCCUUGGGAACCUGCUAAGCACAAGCCAUGCACACUUGGAAGAUUCCAGAUAUGAAGCAGGCAGUGGAGAAGUUGACAUCACAAGCCCCAAUUACCAAGAACAUGUUGAUCCAGAAGACAAUGACAGUGGGGAAUACACUGAAGUCAGUGACCAGCCUUCUCAAUCAACUUUGCUCUCCGGGACCUCACCUGAUGUGACUCCUGACCCAUUUAAGGAGGUCACUGUGAACACUCAGAACACCGUGUCUGAACUCGUUUGGCAGGAAAUAAGUGAUUUGGACUCCCCUGACACAGCACUGUCUGGUGGUCUUGACAACAUGAUUAGCCUGGUGGAUGUUGGGGCUCAAGGUGAAGGCACCGUAGAGAGAGCUGUAAGCCUCCUUAACCAACAAUUGUCAACACUUGUCAUCAACCAAGACUUCCUGGCCCAGGAAGGGCUCCUGGUAGCCAUUAUUGUCAACAGUCAGAAGCUGCUCACAGAGAGGGAAAGGCUACUGAAGAUUCUUCUGGGUAGCAAUAAUUUACUCAAUGACACAGAUGACCUGCUGCAGAUAGCUGGGCCUCUGGCUCUGGAAGGCCUACUCUGCAAAGGUCCCCUGGGUGGCCUCUGUGGCCAUGGGAGCCUUACUGGCAUGAACGAUGUCCUGAAGAACAUGAGUUCUGGGAAGCUCAACACCUGGCUCAGCAUCACCAGCUUCCAUAUUGUCCAGGUGUCAGGGAGGUUCUUGGUCUCGUCUCACAACCAGUUGAAACUUCAGACCAAGAUGUCUAUCAACUUCCCAGGGGUGCUCAGCUUCCUCAGCAGCUCCUCGGUGGACGUGAACAUCAUGGCCCCUUUUGAGAUGCAACAACCGAAGCCUGGCCAAGUCUUGUUUGUCCUCAAGGACUGCCGACCCAUCGUCACCGGGAUCCACAUGCACGCAGGUGUGCUCACCAAACAGAUUCAAUGGAUGUUGAAGUGGACCUUGAACAUCUCCUUACCAAACAUACUGUGCCCAGUGGUCCGAUUCUGGUUCCAUAUCAUCAAUCAACAGUGGGCAGUCCUGUCAGAAAUCCUCUCGUUCAAUUUGCUUGAGACUGUCAACUCGCCUGUCUCCCCAGUGACCCUGCCACCUGAGCAGCAUUACAGCCUGGACUUUAAGGACAAAAACUUCCCUGCUUCGUUCAUCAGCUGGCUGAUUAAAAGUAAGUUUUCUUUCUCACCUCCCCCUUCUCCCCCUUUGGUCCCCAAUCACACUUCCCUCUUCUGUGUUGAACAUCCUUCCAGAAGGUUGCUGGAAGCAAGUGUCACAUUGACUUUUCCUGACAAGACUGCUAUAGUAGAAUUCCUAAAAGACGUCACCGCAGUUAUCCAUUUUCGGAGUAUCUCACUGCGUAGUAAAGACAUUACUAGUGGAUUUCUGGGCUAG